GGAAACACCAAAUCAAACCACAAAAGCCCGGACGCGAAACUAUCUUCUCCAUUUCCCAUCAAUCCGCGUCUCAGAUCCGCGAUCUUUCUGUUUCCCCCACUUUUUAGUUCUCUCCUCAAGUAAGCCCAGUCCAGGCACGGGCCUCCGAUUCUCAUGAGUUGACCCCGGAGCAAGUAAACGGUGCCGUUUGCUCCUCGGUGUUCUGUGAAAAGCCUACUGCGUCUAGAGCACAGAGAGGACAUGGCGAUAGGUAACCAUAGGCCACCCUCCGAUGGGAAGGUCUGGAAUUUCUUCAGGCUUCCGUUUCGUAGCUCGGGAGCUAAUUCGGCUAGCACGACGCCGUCUACUACCGUCCACCACCAUCAUAAUCCUCCUCCGAUUGAGGGUUCAGCGUCUCAUGGCUCCAGUUCGGUUUCUUCGGUUGCAAGGUCCUUUCUGCCAACUCGACGUCGUCUCAAGCUUGAUCCCUCCAAUAAGCUCUACUUGCCUUAUGAACCAGGCAAGCAGGUUAGGAGUGCCAUAAAGAUUAAAAAUACUACCAAAUCUCAUGUCGCUUUCAAGUUUCAGACAACUGCACCCAAAAGCUGUUUCAUGCGUCCUCCUGGAGCUAUUCUUGCACCUGGUGAAAGUAUCAUAGCAACUGUGUUCAAGUUUGUUGAGCCUCCAGAAAAUAAUGAAAGGCCAGAUAAGAGCAGACUGAAAUUUAAAAUAAUGAGCUUGAAGGUCAAGGGAGCAAUUGAUUACGUUCCUGAGAUGUUUGAUGAGCAAAAGGACCAAGUAUCAGUAGAGCAGGUGCUACGUGUUGUUUUUCUAGAUCCUGAGCAUCCCAGUCCAGCAUUGGAAAAGCUGAAGCGUCAGUUGGCUGAUGCUGACGCCGCACUUGAGGCACGAAAGAAACCUCCGGAGGAUACUGGUGCUAAGAUUAUUGGGGAAGGACUUGUGAUUGAUGAAUGGAAAGAGAGGAGGGAAAGGUACCUUGCAAAGCAGCAGGUUGAGGGGGCAGUUGACUCUGUAUAAUAGAAAUCUUUUGUAGAAAAGGUGUUUUCAGGUGAAGGAGUGAUAAGAAAACUGGAAAGCUGUGGUAGGCAAUGAUCCUUCUCUGUAGAUAAUGACAUCUUGUUUCUAGGAUUUCUCUCUGAGGAUGUAAUAAUAUUGUGUUUUGUUGAUGAAAAUUUCUUUUAUAGAGUUGUUAAUAUGUUGAAUGCUUGAUUUUUCA